AAUCUCAUGCAUUGCCAAAGUCCACCGAAAACAAAUUCAACACUAUAGAAGAUAUGGCAGAUGGAAUUAGCAUCAAUCUUCCUCCUGGGUUUCUCUUCUCCCCAACAGAUGAAGAACUUGUCCUUCAUUUUCUCCAUUGCAAGGCUUCUUUUCUACCCUGCCAUCCAAACAUCAUCCCUGAACUUCAUCACUCUCUGCUUGAUCCUUGGGAAUUAAAUGGUAAGGCGUUCUCAAGUGGAAAUCAAUACUAUUUCUUCAGCAAAGUAAAUGGAAACAGAUCCACAGAAAUUGGGUAUUGGAAGGAAAUAGGUGUCACAGAACCUAUUUUGUCAGCAGUUGAUGAGAAAGUGGGAAUUAAGAAGUACCUCGUGUUCUACAUUGGCGAACCUCCACAAGGCACUGAAACCAGUUGGAUGAUGCAAGAAUAUCAUAUUUGCUCCUCUGGGUUGGACUCAUCACCAUAUCCAAGUGCUUGGGGAAGAAGGAAACCUGACAUGAAUUGGAGCAAGUGGGUUUUAUGCAGAGUGUAUGAAAAGAAGAGGUCUAAACAAUGUGUAAACUGCAGCUGCAGCGAUGACGAUGACAGUGGAUCCGAGCUUUCAUGGCUUGAUGAAGUUUAUCUUUCGUUGGAUGAGGAUCCGGAAGAAAUAAUUAGCAUGACAAAUUAAAUUAGACUCCGUGUAUAUAAUAUGUAUGUAACGCUAGAUAUAGAUAUAUUUCUGGGCUUGCACUUUAGUGACAAUGUCUCAGUUAUGGGCCUUUGAACGAUAUAAUUAGGACUUCUUUGUGUGCAGGAUUGGCAAUUGUAUGCCCACCAAAAAUGUUUAUUUCCUUAAGUUGGCACACUCUGUAAAGUUAUUAUAUAAAUUUAAUAUAUCUUAAAAUACCAAA